AUGGCGAGGAUCGAUCGGGACCAUAUAGUAGGAGUGGAUAGCAGUGAAGCAAACCGAACUAACCGAAUGAGCUGGACUAUCAGUGCAGCGGACCGUUGGCAAACACUGCAACGGGCUGCUAGCGAACAGAAGGUAUCAAGGAUACGGACGGGUCCUCCUCUAACUGAUCAAGCAAGUUACACUGGGGGUCAGAAUGAUGUGUUAUUCGCGACUGAAUUGAUACUUCGCCGCGGGCCUAUCGUGCCCAUCAGAAUACGAAUUGUCCCAGGAUCAGAAGAAAACCGGACAGAGGCCGACAAAGAGCGGCUGCUAAAUUUCAACGUCGCGGUCGCCGCGGAGAAUCUUGACCUAGGAGGUGUCAUCGAGUCUGCCAAAGAAUGUAUGGGAAUCGACGACGAUACGAAGGUUUUUAGCUCCGACAUUCUUCGAAUCGAACUCUCUGGUCCCGAACAACCACAUUUGACCCUUGUCGAUCUGCCUGGAUUGUUCCAGGCCGGCAGCCGUUCGCAAUCCGACGCCGACAGUGACACAGUCAAAUCCCUUGUUCUUCGAUAUAUGAGAAGUCCUCGAAGCAUCAUACGUGCCGUGGUAUCCGCCAAGAACGACUUCAACAACCAGUCGAUUACGAGAUACUCCCGCGAAAUCGAUCCGAGUGGUGUACGUACCCUAGGCUUGAUCACUAAGCCCGAUACUCUGGACGAAGGCUCUGACAGUGAGUCCUUCUACAUUGAGCUUGCGCAGAACAGAGAAGUCAAAUUCAAGCUUGGAUGGCAUGUCCUCCGUAAUCGCGAUUAUACUACGAGAUACUCGUCGUUGCAAGAGCGGAACCGAGCUGAACAGCUCUUCUUCUCUUCAAGCGCCUGGAGAUCCUUGAGCUCCACCCAAGUUGGAGUCGCCAGCUUGAAGUCCCGCCUCAGCAAGAUUCUCAAAGAUCAGAUCCUGGAACAACUACCUGAUGUUCUUUCGCAGAUUCAAGAUGGGAUCUGCGACUGCAAGAAAAUGUUGGAAGUCUUGGGGGCUCCUAGAUAUGUCCACAACUCCGCGACCGACGAGAAGGCUUCGCUUGACUGGACGAUUGAGACCAUUGCUACAUAUGGACUUAAACUACCAUUUAUGCAUCCUCAGAAUAGGACCCGUUUAUUUUAA